UUGAAUCACUGGAAUGUCCUUGGUGCGGAACGAUCGUGGGUUUAGCUACUUUUGUCUAUGCAAGUCGCUUAUAUAAUUAUCUGUGGUAGGAAAAAAAGUGACAUUGAAAUGCAUUGAAGAAAACUCCGGAAAUGAGACAUCUUGUGUUUUGAUCGUGUUUAUAUAUCCAAAUUUCGUGUUUCGGGGUGUUAAUAUAAACAUUUGAUAAAAUUCCUGCCAGAUUUUACUAUAUACACGUACAUCAUGUCCGAGUCCUAUGAAUACUUAUUCAAAUUCCUCGUUAUUGGAAGUGCGGGUACAGGAAAAUCCAGCCUCCUUAAUAACUUUAUUGGCAACAAAUUUAAAGAAGAUAGGUGUCAUACUAUCGGAGUAGAAUUUGGAUCUAAAAUUGUGAAUAUAGGAGGUAAAUCAACCAAGUUACAAAUCUGGGAUACUGCGGGACAAGAGAGGUUUCGUUCUGUGACACGGUCAUACUACAGAGGGGCAGCUGGUGCCCUGUUGGUGUAUGACAUCACUUCCAGGGACUCAUUUAAUGCCCUAUGUAACUGGUUAAGAGACGCGCGAACGCUCGCUAGCCCCAACAUUGUCAUACUACUUGUUGGAAAUAAGAAAGAUUUGGAAGAUUCCAGAGAAGUCACGUUCACUGAAGCUAGCCAAUUUGCACAGGAAAAUGAGUUGGUAUUUCUUGAGACCAGUGCGAAGACUGGUGAAAAUGUAGAGGAGGCUUUCCUGAAAUGCUCUAAAACUAUCCUAGCCAAGAUUGAAGCUGGUGAAUUGGACCCUGAAAGGAUAGGUUCCGGUAUACAAUAUGGUACUGGAGCCUCCAAGCGACUGACAGCACCAAGGAGCAAACCUCCUCGAACACCUUCAGAAUGUGCUUGUCGUGUUUAAAAUAAGUACCUUUUUGGCUACAUUAUGUCAAGAGUGCACAUAACUUUUACAUUGGCUAGUAGAAAAUGUGUGAAUUCUUGUCAAAAUGAAAAUUAGCUUAAAUAAAUUGUUAAGUUUGGAACAAUUUUACCUUUACUUUCAAGUAUAUUAUAAGCAAAUAUUUGUUAGGAUCAUCUUUUCGAAUUUAUUUGUGUUUAAAAUUUUUAAUUUACUUUAUACAUUAAUGGAAUUUUAAUGAUGUCUGAAACUAAACUUUGCUUAUAGGAUUGUAUGUAUGUCCUAUUAUAACAACAUUAUACAAGUCAAAAUUUUCAUAUUUCAGUAUUUCAAUAUAUAAUUGCACCAUGUUUUUCAAUUUUAAAUAUAUGACUGCAUCACAGAAGCAAUCAAGACAUUUUCAUCUGAAAUUCUAACAUAAAUAAUAUAACCUUUUUGCAGAUGAAGCAUAUGGAAGGUCCCUUCUGUGAUGAACUGAUGAACAACCACACAUAUAU